AUGUCAUCAAAUCUCACUUUAACAUCAACAACCAACUGUUCUAACGUACCAGGAAAUGUUCCAUGCCUCGCACCUCCACCUCCUGAAAGUUUCUUGUCUCUUUCGUCUUUAAGGAACAGUCUCAAUCCGAUUUUUACUAUCGUGGAGUUUACCACUCUCUCGGCGGCGUUCCUCGGCAAUCUUUUGAUUGUCUUGACAAUCAUGUCCAACAAGAAAAUGCGUAGUAUGCCCCAUCUCUUCCUUCUUAACGUAGCUGUUGCAGAUUUUCUUUUUUCCGCAUUCAAUAUUGCAGGACAUGCGACGGAGAACACACUUGGUGAAGUAACGUUAAAAGAGACAUUCUGCACGUUAUACAGACCUAUAAUCGGCGUACGCUUUGCGGCCUACGCUAUUUCCAUGUUUUGCUUGGCGGCGUUAAGCGUGGAACGUUGGUAUGUCGUAUGCUCGCCGAUAAGCGCACAGUUUUCAAGCGCUGACCUUUUAAGGAAGCUGAAAUUCUCGUCUUUAGUAUUGAUAUGGAUAAUCACCUUAGCUAUCUCAAUACCUAUUGGAUUUUGCAAAGUUACAGUCACAAAGACCUUUGCUAUCCUACUUGCACUCGUCUUGCACAUAAUUCCGCUCACGAUUAUUAUAACAGUGAACACAAGGAUGGUCUUGUCGCUCAAACGCAACGCGGCGUUUAAUGUCAGCGCCGUCAACGAGGAAACAAGAGAAAAAAUUCGCAAGUUACUAAUAAGCAUGAUCCUGAGCGUCAUUAUAUUUUGGAGUCCUUAUCAUGGUUUCUUUCUUUAUUUUGUGUUCGCAAAACCACCUUCGUCCCCAAGCGCAGGUGUUAAGCUGGAGCUGGCAUUCAGAGCUGGAAAUGUCUGGACAUACUUCAACCCACUUUUUAACGCCCUUCUGUAUUAUAUCUUCUCCAAGGAGUUUAGAGGUGGAUUAGCCAGCUUAUUUUUACUGUGCUCGUGCGAUCGCAGGUCAGAGGAACAGAAUGCUGUUAAUGAUUUGGCAAGAUCUGGGCAGGAAUUAGUUCGAUUCAGUACAAUAAACGAAGCAUUCUCGAACCCAGAAGUACUUCCGGCGAGGUCACCUGAGAAAGAGUGA